GCGCCCCGGCUCACAAAGUCAGGCGCGCUUUCCUAAGAGAGCCUGACCAGCUGUUUUCAGGCCUCUGAGAAGAGGGGGGACCCCUACUACUACUACUACUACCAGGCCCCAGGGGCCGCGCCCCCUCCUCUCCGGCCUCUGCGAGCCUGGGGCGUCUGCGAACACGCGGAAAAGCGGAUCGCUCAGGACAGACCCGGCUCCCGAGCCGCCCUGCGCCUGCGCCGGGGUGCCGGCCGCGAGGGGCGGCGGUCCUGGCGGCGCGGUGCGCGCGGCGGUAAUUACCGAUUGUCCUGAUCCGGGGAGGCAGCGGCGCUCGAGGCAGGGCGUUCCGGUGGCUGCGCGGGGGUGACCCCGGACCGAGGCGCGGCCGAGCCGAUGAGACCGCCGCUCCUCCGCUCCCUGUAAACCCUUCUCGGCAAAGACGCCCAGCCGACCACCUUCGAGGAACCGAACCUAAGCGUGGGGCCGGGCCGCGGGACGGCCGGGCCGCGGAGGGGAAGGUGCAAUGGCGAGGAAUUUAUCUGUAAUCUUGAUUCUGACCUUUGCUCUUUCGGUCACAAAUCCCCUUCAUGAACUGGAAUCAGUAGCUGCUUUCUCUCAGACCACAGAGAAAACUAAUUCAAAUUGGGAACCUGGCAUUAAUGUUGAAUUGGCAAUUACUACACAGCGACAUCAUCUACAACAGCUUUUCUACCGCUAUGGAGAGAACGAUUCCUUAUCAGUUGAAGGGUUCAGAAAGUUACUUCAGAAUAUAGGCAUAGAUAAGAUUAAAAAGGUCCAUAUACACCAUGACCACGAUCAUCACUCUGACCAUGACCAUCAUUCAGAUCAUGAACAUCAUUCUGACCAUGAUCACUCUGACCACGACCAUCACUCUGACCAUGAGCACUCUGACCACGACCAUCACUCCCAUCGGAAUCAUGCAGCUUCUGGCAAAAAUAAUCGGAAAGCCCUUUGCCCAGACCAUGACUCUGACAGUUCAGGCAAAGAUCCUAGAAACAGACAAGGGAAAGGCUCUCACCGUCCAGAACACACUGGUGGUAGAAGGAAUGUCAAGGAAGUUGUCAGUGCUAGUGAAGUGACCUCAGCUGUGUACAACACUGUUUCUGAAGGAACACACUUUCUAGAGAUAGUAGAGACUCCAAAACCUGGAAAAUUUCACAAAGAUGCAAACAGUUCCACCCCACCCAGUAUCAUAGAGAAAAGACGAAUAGGCCGGCUUGCUAAUAGGAAAACAAAUGAGUCUGUGAGUGAACCCAGAAAGAGCUUUUUGUAUUCCAGAAACGUAAAUGAGAAUACCCAAGAGUGUUUCAACGCAUCAAAGCUGCUUAUGUCUCAUGGCAUGGCCAUCCAGGUUCCAUUGAAUGCAACAGAGUUUAACUACCUCUGCCCAGCUAUCAUCAAUCAAAUUGAUACUAGAUCUUGUCUGAUUCAUACAACAAGUGAAAAGAAGGCUGAAAUUCCUCCAAAGACCUAUUCAUUACAGAUAGCUUGGGUUGGUGGCUUUAUCGCCAUUUCCAUCAUCAGUUUCCUGUCUCUGCUGGGGGUUAUAUUGGUGCCUCUUAUGAACCGAGUGUUUUUCAAAUUUCUCCUAAGUUUUCUUGUGGCAUUGGCAGUUGGGACUUUGAGUGGUGAUGCUUUAUUACACCUUCUUCCACAUUCUCACGCAAGUCACCACCACAGUCAUAGUCAUGAAGAGCCAGCAAUGGAAAUGAAAAGAGGUCCACUUUUCAGUCAUCUCUCUUCUCAAAACAUAGAAGAAAGCACCUAUUUUGAUUCCACAUGGAAAGGUCUCACAGCUCUAGGAGGCUUGUAUUUCAUGUUUCUUGUUGAACAUGUGCUCACCCUGAUCAAGCAAUUUAAGGAUAAGAAGAAAAAGAACCAGAAAAAACCUGAAAGUGAUGAUGAUGUAGAGAUAAAGAAGCAGUUGUCUAAAUAUGAAUCUCAACUCUCAACAAAUGAGGAAAAAGUAGACACUGAUGAUCGACCAGAAAGCUACUUACGAGCAGACUCACAAGAGCCCUCCCACUUCGAUUCUCAGCAGCCAGCAAUCUUGGAAGAAGAAGAGGUCAUGAUAGCUCAUGCUCAUCCUCAAGAAGUCUACAAUGAAUAUGUACCAAGAGGGUGCAAGAACAAAUGCCAUUCACAUUUCCAUGAUACACUGGGCCAGUCAGAUGACCUCAUUCACCACCAUCAUGAUUACCAUCAUAUUCUCCAUCACCACCACCACCAAAACCACCACCCCCACAGUCACAGUCAGCGCUACUCUCGGGAGGAGUUGAAAGAUGCUGGCAUUGCCACUUUAGCCUGGAUGGUGAUAAUGGGCGAUGGCCUACACAACUUCAGUGAUGGCCUUGCAAUUGGUGCUGCUUUUACUGAAGGUUUAUCAAGUGGGUUAAGUACUUCUGUGGCUGUGUUCUGUCAUGAGUUACCUCACGAGUUAGGUGACUUUGCUGUUUUGCUGAAGGCAGGCAUGACUGUUAAGCAGGCUGUGCUUUAUAACGCGUUGUCAGCCAUGCUGGCAUAUCUGGGAAUGGCAACAGGAAUUUUCAUUGGGCAUUAUGCUGAAAAUGUUUCUAUGUGGAUAUUUGCACUUACUGCUGGCUUAUUCAUGUAUGUUGCUCUGGUUGAUAUGGUACCUGAGAUGCUGCACAAUGAUGCUAGUGACCAUGGAUGUAGCCGUUGGGGUUAUUUCUUCUUACAGAAUGCUGGGAUACUUUUGGGUUUUGGAAUUAUGUUACUUAUUUCCAUAUUUGAACACAAAAUUGUGUUUCGUAUAAAUUUCUAGAGUGUAAAUGCUAGAGUAGCUUAAACAUUGCUGUCUAUAGUUUGAAUAAGUCAUAAGGAAAUGAGUUGUAGGCUUUGACAGGCAGCAUUUAAAGUUAGUGGAUAUUGUGAUUUUUGUAUUGAAUAUUGCCAUCUGUUACAUUUCAAUUAUUUUGAUGAAGUUACGAUACAUUUUAAUAUUUAAGUUAUUCUAUUUCAAAAUUCUAAGAUAUUCACCAGUAUUACCAGGUUAUUAUUUAAACAAGAGAUUUGGAAUGACACAUUCUGUAGAUUUUAGGAAAAAUAUCUUUAAUACUUUCUGUGGAACUAAUUUAACACAGUGCCAUAUUAGAUUUGAGGCAAAGGAAUAGGCACAAAUCUCCCCCAAAAUAUUAAAGCUUGUACUGAGUUUAAGAAAUGAAGAGGAAACAUAAUAAUUUGAGGAGCCGUAGCUUUCUUACAAAAUUCACAAAAUUGAUCAUAAUGUAGAGGUAAAUUUUAGGUGUAAGUAAAACCAGGUAUAAUUAGCCCAAAUACAUUUAUAAACAUCGAGAUAUUAAUAUUCCUAUAAAGUAUAGCACUUUUUAUACAGUAGUGUAGUUGUACAUUUGUUUGUAUAGUAAACAAGUCUAAAUAUAUUUAAUGAAGUCAAGCAAUAUGUCACUUGACCAAGAAAUUGGAAUUAUUUGUGUUGGGUAUAUGCCAGAUGAACAUAGUUUUAUAUGUCACCAAAAACUUGGUUAUUACCAAGGUAUGAAUCACCAAAAGUUAUAUGAUCCGGUGCUCUGGUUAUCUGGCUUACCAACUGUCGAAGUGUUAACUUUUUGAUCUGUGUGAGUACCUUAAAACAUCCAGGCACUGUGAGCCAGCCUGGUUCACACAUUUGAUCCUAGUUACUCAGAAAACUGAGAUUUGGAGGCUCGUGAUUCAAAGCAAGCCCAGGAAGAAAAGUCCACAAGACUCCAAAAAUAACCAGCAAAAGCCAGGGCUAGAGAUGUGGCUCAAAUGGUAGAGCUACAAGCCAAACAAGCCAUGUAAGCAUGAAGCCCUGAGUUCAAACCCUAGUACUGGGGUGAGGGGGGGGAAGCACUACCAUUCUGAAAAUACUGUAUUAUCUUUCAGCGCUUUAGUGUUGUCAUUGUAAACAAUGGUCCUUUUGUAUAUGGUACUAUAGACAUACUAGAGCUAUCUGUGGCAUUGUCUAGAGGUUUCCUACAAAAUAAAUUCUUCAUGUCAGGUCAAUAUCAGACGUCACAUUUUCUUUCUUUUUUAUCACCUUAAUCAUUUUUAAAUGUAGAAUAGUUUUGAGUCUCUUUGUGUUGUUGUAUAACAGAUCUCCAGAAAUUUUUCAUUUUGCAAAACUGAAACUAUAUACUUAGUAAAAAUAACUGACACCCUGUAACAAGCCCUGUUAUCACCAUUCUGCAUGCUAUUUCUAUAAAUUUGAGAUGUCUGUAUCUUAACAUUAUAACCAAACUUAAGUGUACUAGUACAUUUACAUACCAUUUGGUGGCCUUAUUCAGUUUACUAGCUUCUUGAUCACCAAAGGAAUUCCAAAGAAAAUUGAUCCACACUUUGUUCCCAACUGUCGCUAAUCUCACACCCCUUAAGCACUCUUUCUCUUUCUCUUUUAAACAACCAUCACCUUAUUGCUGGGUACCAGUGGCUAUUUCCUAGCUUCUGUGGCUUUUUAGCUACCAGAAGCCAGGCUGCAGGCUCAAAAUGUACACCGUUUGUAGGAUGGAGAUAAAAGGGACCCUAGCAGCUGGAGAGUAUAACCAAAAGCUGAUAUUGAGUCAGACUGAUAGGGAAAGAAAAAGCACAAAUAAAAAUACUUUUAUUGUUAAAAGAAGAGAUAAUAGUAGUUUCAAGCAGUGCAAGACCCUGAAUUCUGGCCCCAAUACUGGAAGAGAGAGAGAAAAAGGGAAAGGGAGAGAAGAAAAGAAAAAGGAAAGAAUAAAAAGCAUUUAAUAAAAGUUACCCAUUUAGGUGGGUGCUGGAGCCUAUAGGCUUAGCUACUUAGGAGGCUGAGAUCAGAGGUUCCAAGCUAGCCAGAACAGACAAAUCCAACAGACUCAUUUCCAAUUAACCUGGGAGAAAAAAGACAGAUACAGAGGCCCAGCUCAAGUGGUAGGAUGCCAGCCAUGAAG